AUGGGUUCUUCUUCGAGAAAAUGUGUCUUUGUGUUUCUUCUUCUCUUGAGCAUUGUGUUAGAGUUGAGUGUAACAACUCUUGGUGAUGGCAAGCUUAACAAAGAAUUGAAGGAAGAUGGUUGUGGAAUUGGUAGGAGGGGUUGUAGUGGUAGGGGAAGGGAAGGACGAGGGUUAUUUGGAGUCGGAGGAAUUGGUGGUGGUGCUGGACAAGGUGGAGGGUUUGGAGCUGGAGGCGGUGCUGGCGGAGGUGCAGGUGGCGGAGUUGGUGGAGGAGGAGGUUUUGGCGGUGGUGGAGGUGGUGGCAUUGGGGGUGGGUCAGGUCAUGGUGGUGGAUUUGGAGCAGGAGGAGGUGUCGGAGGAGGCAUUGGUGGAGGUGCUGGAGGAGGAGGCGGCAGCGGCGGCGGUGGUGGAGGAGGCGGCGGCCAAGGAGGCGGUGUCGGUGGCGGUUCUGGCCAUGGGGGAGGUUUUGGAGCAGGUGGCGGAGUAGGAGGUGGCGUUGGAGGUGGUGGUGGUGGUGGUGGAGGUGGAGGCGUUGGAGGCGGUGGAGGAUUCGGAGGAGGUGGUGGUAGUGGUGGUGGAUUUUAA